AACACCAUCACAAGCUUCGUGGAUAAAGGGCAAGACGAGCGUGGGCCCCAGCUGAGACGGCAGAGGUAUCACUUCAAUGUCAGCUCUCUGGAACGAGACGGGCUCCUGGGGGCUGAAUUACGCAUCCUGAGGAAGCGCCUGUCUGACCCCCGGAGAGCCUUCUUUGGAUCUGCAGCCGCUGAUGGAGGAGGAGGAGGAGGAGGGGGAGGGGGUGGUGGAGGCUCGUCCCCGUGCCUGAAGCUGUACACCUGCGCUUCAGGUAAACAACCGGCUGCUCUGCUGCAGACCAAAACCGUGGAGGAUCUGCACGGCGGAGGCGGAUUUGGCAGCAAAUGGGAAGUGUUUGACAUAUGGAAAGUCUUUAAGGGCUUUAAAAUCCAGCAGAACCAGCUCGCUCAGCAGCUGUGCUUUGAACUGGAGGCCCAGGAGCACAGAGGUGGCCGCCCCGUGGACCUGCGCGCUCUCGGGUUUGCUCGACCCGGGAGGAGCAACAAGGAAAAGGCCUUCUUCCUGGCGUUCGGCAAAAGCAAGAAGCGGGAUCUUUUCUACAACGAGAUUAAAGCGAGGUCAGGCCAUGACAACAAAACUGUCUAUGAAUACCUGUUCACUCAGCGACGGAUGCGGCGAGCGCCCGCCGCGAGGGGGGCUAAAAAAACCCUGCAGCCGCUGCCGCCAUCCCUCCCCCAGCACCAGGUGGUGAAGAUGCAGACGAGGCCGCGGUGUAACCGACGGCGACUCCACGUGAACUUUAAGGAGAUGGGCUGGGACGACUGGAUCAUCGCACCGCUGGAGUACGAGGCCUUCCACUGCGACGGCGCCUGCGACUUCCCCAUCCGCUCGCACCUCGAGCCCACCAACCACGCCAUCAUCCAGACCCUGAUGAACUCCAUGGACCCGGAGUCGACGCCGCCGACCUGCUGCGUGCCGACGCGGCUCAGCCCGAUCAGCAUCCUCUACAUCGACUCGGCCAACAACGUCGUCUACAAGCAGUACGAGGACAUGGUGGUGGAGUCGUGCGGCUGCAGGUAGCGAAGAAAGACAGACGGAAAGACCCGAUCUGCACUUUCCUUUUCAUUAAGGUCAGACCUAAAAGACUGAACAGACUGUGACUGAACUCCCAACUAUGCAGCAGACAUCGCUCUUCACACUCAAGUGGACUAUCAGACUGCAUACCAAAGACUCUGUUAAGACUAAACAGAGGAAAAGAAACUCCUGGAGGUGAUGCUGUUCAUCAUCCCAUCACUUAAACUUCUGUGUAAUGUGGUGACGAGAAGCCAAACAUCCAGAUAUCAGAGACUGAUUUUUACUCUUUUGUUGUCGUUUUUCAGAUUUGUAUCUCCCGAUUGUUGUAAAAAGUUAUAAAGCGUGGUGAUUUAUACUCUAAAAUGCCCUUUUUCCAGCACUUAUCUGCCAUUGUGCCCAUCGAGAUGUCAAAUGAAGAAUCGUUUGUUGGCCACGCUCAAGAGUUUUUUUUUUUUUUUAUGAAGCAUGUAAAGAAUUUCUGAUGUAUAAAUAACAGGUCAAGUGAUGAAGUGCUGAUCUGACAUGCUCCAAAAUGUGGGAAAGUUGCAUAAACUGCUCUUCAAUAAAAAAAAAUGUCUGGUUGA